CAGAACAUGUGUUUUGGUUCUGGAGUCUUGCAAAAAGAAGAAAAAGGUGGUGUCUUUGCCACUAUGCUGGCAGCACAAUUUCUUACUCGCAGCAGAACCUUUUUGCCCUCUUCAAAAUGGGCGAGGGUUACCUGUAGCCGACGAGUUCAACCCAUGAUCCAAGCGGGGCAGCGAUUCCGACAGCGCUUACUUCUCUAUCGGCGGAGGAAGACACCAUGUUUGGUAAACCGUUGGCCGCCAACCCCCGACGUUCCACCUUCACAUCAAGCCGUUCGUCUUCUAGAAAAAGCAGGAUAAAAAAGGCUUCAAAUCGGCAGCGGCAGAAAAAUUGAGAAUGCCCACAUCUUCUUGGAACUGUCGAGAGCGAAAUCCAUGUUAAGACCCGAACCUGGAUUCUACAUUGCCAAUGUCAUCAACGGCGAAAUCGUCUUCCUCGUCGGAGACCUCCAAAGAGAAGCCUACUCCAAAACUAGGGCACAAAUUAUGGGGACCAACGUCAGCCAAGUAAUGAUGCUGGAAAGAGAACGUGUGUACGAGAGUAGAGUAUAUGUCACCGAGGCCACCGUCGGCGGCAAGGACCGGAGCAUAUGCAUAGAGAGCUGGAUCUCCGGAGACGACCCGAGACUGUGUUUCUACGUGGACGACAAAAGGGUUCUCCAAAUCAAGCAUUUGAGGUGGAAAUUCAGAGGCAACUGGAGAAUCAGAGUGGACGAGUUCUCGAUCCACGUCUCCUGGGACGUCCAUAGCCGGCUGUUCGAGGACGAUGGCUACGCGCUGUACAUAUUCAAAUUCGGGGAAAAAGGCGGCGGCUAGGGGGAUUAUUGCUCGCAGACCGUCGGGAAAGAGAGAGAGUAUAUGGGUCCACUUGCAAAUACCUAUACGAGAUACGGAGUACAUAAAGAUAUGUUAUCCAU